AUGCCAGUGGGCUUCGCCAAAGUCAAUGUCGCUGGCCUUGAAAUCCCACGAGAGCCCAACCUUACUUCGUUCCCGCAACCACUCGCGCAGACAUUAAGUAAACGACGAUUCCUCGUUCGACGAUGGCCACUAAUGGUGAACAUCCAGAUGUCCUCUGACACGACGGCCCGAACAGUACCAAUUAUAGUCGCUCAGUAUGCUCUCCGAAUCCAUCCACGAAGGACUGAGCACUGGAGCCUCGCGAUCUUGUACUCCUUGAAUGAAGUCGAAAUCCACGAGGUACAAGGAAUGCUGGAUACCUUCCACUAUGAAACGUUCCGGAAGAGCACUAGCUUCCUACGAUCUAUAACGCUUUGUGGAGGGUGUCAUGUCGGCAAUAUUCCAUGGGAUCUACUGGAUGCCGUACGGAAGGCGUUGAAAGAUGUUCCUGUCGUCCGGCAUGAUGAAUCAUGGGACUGCCAGACGUGGGUAGUGCAUGCAUUGCGCUCGUUGAGGGACUUUGGGAUAAUUUUUGCUCAUGUCAAUGAAGCCAGAAUCCGACAAGAGUUAGCGGAAGACAGGGAGAGGUGGGAGAAUGGGGAGGACGCGGUGUAUGAAAGACUGUACGUGGAGGCAAAUUAG